ACAAGGCGUAAGAACUAACUAACUGUUGAUGGUCAACUAUAAAAUUGGAAAUUAAUGUGGAGUUUAAAUAAAGAAAGUCCAAAACCAGAGAGAGAGAGAGAAAUAAUAUGACCGUUGCCCUCCCUCCCUCGUACUACCCAACGGACGCACAAAAUUCAAAUUUCAAAAAUUCAAAACUAAAGCCAUAAAGAGAAAGCUGCCACCUUUUCUCCCAAUCCCAGUCCCCUAUGUUUCUUGGAUUUGGAGCUCUCAAUUAGUUGCUCCCACAUACAACACCUUCUCCGGCCGGCAUAAUCUGCGCUCAUUGGCUCCACCUCACUGUUCGAAGCUUCUUUUUUUCAAAAAACAAACCCCGCUCACCCUCCCUUCAUUUGAGCUGAGCUUUGUUUCGUACCCAUGUUUCAUGUUUGUAUCUUGGACAUGGAACUGGAGAGGUUGUCGUGAAAUUCUACUUGCAUUGGCAGUUUCUCCAACGGGACGAUUUUGGUUUCCUUUUAAGGUGGUUCAUACAGAAUGAAGGAGGAGAACCCAUCAGAAAGCAGAGGCAAAUCGUCGAGGUUUGCCGAUCAAAAUCAGAAUCCCAAGUGUCAAAAUCAGAAUGCGAAAGGAAAUACUGGGAAUGGGGGCUCGAAAUUGAGGGCGGCUUCUUCCUGGGGUUCUAAUAUUGUGAAAGGUUUCUCCACAGACAAGAAAACCAAAGCUCAGACUCAGAGCAAUCUCCAGCCCAAGAAGGCGCCACUUACGAGUUCGGACUUGGCAAAUCAGAAGGACAAAUUUGUUCCUUCACAUUCUCGCAUCAAGCGAUCACUGAUUGGGGAUUUGUCAUGCUCUGCAAAUCCUGCUCAAGUUCAUCCACACUCGUAUCAGACCCAUCACCGCAGACAAUCUUCUCGGGAUUUGUUCGUAGAGCUCGAUCAACUCAGAAGUCUGCUCCACGAAUCCAAGCAGAGAGAAUUCGAACUUCAGAACGAACUAGCAGAGCUUAAGCGAAAUGCUAGAAAUUAUGAACUUGAAAGGGAACUUGAGGAGAAGAAAGCAGAAAUAGACUGUCUUACUCAGAAAGUUAGUCUAUUGGAAGAAGAUAGAAGAGUUCUGUCCGAACAAUUGGUGGCUUUACCAUCAAUUUCUGAGAAGCAAGAGGAGCCGCAGACUGCACCUCAAAACGUAGAAGUGGAAGUUGUUGAGUUGAGACGUUUGAAUAAGGAACUCCAGCUUCAGAAGAGGAACCUCGCUUGCAGGCUUUCUUCGGUGGAAUCUGAGCUAGCUUCUCUUGCAAAGAAUUCCGAGAGUGAAGCUAUUGCUAAGAUCAAAGCAGAAGCAUCUUUGCUAAGACACACUAAUGAAGAUUUGUGCAAGCAAGUUGAAGGUCUACAGAUGAGCAGAUUGAAUGAGGUUGAAGAACUUGCAUAUCUUAGGUGGGUCAAUUCAUGUUUAAGGAAUGAGCUCCGUAAUUCGUGCCCCUCGGCAAGUUCUGAUAACCUAUCCAGCCCUCAGGCAACCGAGAGGAGCAGUGAAUCCGUUGGUUCAUUAUCUAGCCAGAAGGAGUACAUGGAUUAUAACAGUGCUAAGAGGAUAAAUCUUAUUAAAAAGUUGAAGAAAUGGCCCAUUACUGAUGAGGAUCUGUCUAAUUUAGAUUGCUCGGAUUAUGGUGUUUUAGUAGACAAAAAUUGGGCUGAUGCGGAGGAAGGAAGAAGCCCCAGAAGAAGACACUCCAUUAGCGGAGCAAAAGGCUGGCCCGAAGAAUUGGAACCAAACAAGAGGAGGCAAUCUGAUGGCUUUAUAUGUGCAAAAGAGAUGGAAAAGGAAGCAGACCCUCUUUCCACUCAGAAAUAUGAUUUGGGCGUGAGUCAAAGACCACAUAUUUUGGAAAAUUGUCAUGAAAUUAGCAGGAGUCUUGCCUCUUUAGACGUGGAGAAACGAGCAUUGCGCAUACCAAAUCCCCCGCCGAGGCCUUCUUGCUCCAUUUCAAGUGAACCUAAAGAGGAAAACAGAGCUCAAGUCCCACCACCUCUGCCCCCACCUCCGCCCCCUCCUCUUCCAAAGUUCGCUGUGAGGAGCGCCAUGGGAAUGGUACAGAGAGCUCCACAAGUGGUUGAAUUCUACCAUUCACUGAUGAAGAGAGAUUCUAGGAAGGAUUCCUCCAAUGGUGCCAUAUGCAAUGUUCCAGAUGUUUCAAAUGUCCGGAGUAGCAUGAUUGGAGAAAUUGAGAAUCGAUCAUCUCAUUUGCUUGCUAUAAAGGCAGAUAUUGAAACCCAGGGAGAGUUUGUAAAUUCACUGAUAAGAGAGGUCAACAAUGCAGUUUAUCUGGAUAUUGAAGAUAUAGUGGCUUUUGUCAAGUGGCUUGACGAUGAACUUUGCUUUCUGGUGGACGAAAGGGCAGUUCUAAAGCACUUUGAUUGGCCAGAGAGAAAGGCAGACGCAUUGCGAGAAGCAGCCUUUGGGUACAGGGAUUUAAAAAAAUUGGAGUGUGAAAUCUCAGCCUACAAAGAUGAUCCCAGAUUGCCUUGUGACAUAGCUCUGAAAAAAAUGGUUGCUUUAUCAGAGAAGAUGGAACGUAGCAUUUAUAACCUUCUCCGGAUAAGAGAAUCAUUGAUGCGGAACUGCAAAGAAUUUCAAAUUCCCACUGAUUGGAUGCUUGACAAUGGGAUCAUAAGCAAGAUAAAGUUGGGUUCAGUGAAGUUGGCAAAGAUGUACAUGAAGAGAGUAGCAAUGGAACUUCAGUCAAAGGCUGCAUCAGAGAAAGAUCCUGCAAUGGAUUACAUGCUUCUUCAAGGAGUGAGAUUUGCCUUUAGGAUUCAUCAGUUUGCAGGGGGUUUCGAUGCAGAAACAAUGCAUGCCUUUGAGGAUCUGCGUAACUUGGCCAACCUUCUGAACAAAAAGUGAAAGUCAUAGGACAGGGCAAAUGGAAAUUCAGUUGGUUUUGGUUUACUAUCUCGGUAAGCAGCAAGCAAGCAUUCUAGCAGUACAUUCAUCACACCAAGUGUGAGGGUGGUGUGCCUUCUUUCACAUGUGAGGGAGGUUUUCGAUUUUGAAACUUAGAGCUGCUGGGGAAGCCAGGGAAGAUUUGGUAUGACCCAUUAGACAGGCCUUAAGUCAACUAUAUUUUUUGUCCUCUGCCAUCCUUCCUCCUCCCUUCAUGAAGCAAGCUCCUCCAAAACAGGCAGGGUCCUACAGAAAGAGAACGUGGCAGACUGCCAGAGGGAGCAAGAUAAUUUUAUUAUGUUUAUGUAAAUUGUGUGUUUGACUAAGAUCUCAAACGUGGUCUUUGUUGGAAACAGAGUUUCUUAGUUAUGAGAUUUUUUCUCAGGUUAACCUUGAUUUCUAAGUUUUAGAAAUGGUUCAAUAAGAAGAAAACAGGUUUUUAUUUUCUGUUUAGGAAACGAUUUUGAGGGCAUGUUCAAGAUAUUACAGUAAGAUUAAAUUGCUGGUGGCAUGUUUGGGAAGAGCGUUUGUUUCAAAACUGGUAGCUAUGAAAACUGGUAGCUAUGAUUGUGAUAAUUUGAAAUCACAAUCCA